GGCGGGGUCUCACCGCCUCUUCUUGCCGUCCCCCGCAGGGAGCGGCCGGCCCCCCGCGCCACCAUUGCCUCGCACGGCAAGGAGGACCUGCUCGCCGCCGCCGCCCGGCUCUGGCAGCGGAGGAGGCGGCUGCUGGCCGCCGCCGGGCUCGCCCUGGCCAUGGCCGUCGCGCUGCUGGUCGCCGUGCCCCUGCUGCUGCUGCAAGCGCCCGCCGACACCGGCGCCCACUACGAGAUGAUGGGCACCUGCCGCAUGAUCUGCGACCCGUACAGCGGCGGGCGGCCGCCCGGCCCCGGCAGCACCGCCGCCGUGGAGGCCCUGCAGGACCUGGGCGCCAACCCCCCGCCGCCCUUCGUCCAGGGACCCAAGGGGGAGCCGGGCCGCCCGGGCAAGCCGGGCCCCCGCGGGCCGCCCGGGGAGCCGGGGCCGCCGGGUCCGCGGGGCCCGCCGGGGGAGCGGGGGGACGCGGGGAAGCCGGGGCUGCCCGGGCUGGCGCUGGCGGGCGCGGGCGGCGGAGGGAGCGGCGGCGGGGCGGCGGCGGGCGGCGAGGCGGCGGGCGGGCUGAGCGCCGCCUUCAGCGGGCCGCGCAUCGCCUUCUACGUGGGGCUCAAGAGCCCCCAUGAGGGCUACGAGGUCCUCAAGUUCGACGACGUGGUGACCAACCUGGGAAACCACUACGACCCGGCCAGCGGCAAGUUCACCUGCCAGGUGCGCGGCAUCUACUUCUUCACCUACCACAUCCUCAUGCGCGGCGGCGACGGCACCAGCAUGUGGGCCGACCUCUGCAAGAACGGCCAGGUGCGGGCCAGUGCCAUCGCCCAAGACGCAGACCAGAACUACGACUAUGCCAGCAACAGCGUGGUGCUGCACCUGGACUCCGGCGACGAAGUGUACGUCAAGCUGGAUGGAGGCAAAGCACACGGAGGCAACAACAAUAAGUACAGCACUUUCUCUGGCUUUCUUUUAUACCCUGAUUAACACGCAAGUGACACGACACAACUGGCCCUGCCACUGAUGCACAUGGGGCUGUUUGGCAAUUCCAUACCCCAUCGUGCUGCUGUUCCUGCUGGUGUCCGCUGUCUCCGCAGGUCACUUUAGCUUCAUUAUCAGUUUAUAUGUUUUUAUUUUCACCCUUGUGGAAACGAAAUAGAAAUGAAACAAAGUGAACCCCUUCCUUACUCUCCCAUUUCUUCCGACCCCCGCUCUCCCUUCGUCUGCCUGAGUGUUUCGUGUGUCACAUGAGGAACUUGGCAGCUUGAAACUCUUGAGUGGUUCCAGGAGGGUUUGAAAGAGCCCAGAGUUUGGACUGUGUCACACACGGAAUUUGAACAGGUCACAUUUUUUCAUCAAUAAGUAUUAAUGACGAUGAUGAAUUUUCAGAUGGACUAUUCACGAAGUGGGACUGGAUCAUAACUGUUUCUUCCUCUGCUGCUUUGUAUGGGGUCAAGUGUAAACUUUUCUUUCUGUGCAAUGCAAUGCUCGUGUGAAUGAUGGUGUCAUUAACGUCAAACAUGUUUCUGUCUGCAAAAGAAUUUGGUCAUUGACCACAGUCACCCAAAUACCACAUUAAAUUAUGUUUUUAGACAAUGCCUUCUUGCUUUCUGUCUCUUCCAGUGCUACAAAGGAGCACUGUGGUGGUGCUGCAGGAGGGUGGGCAGUAAAGGAGGGGGUCACUUCAGUCCCUUAGGUUUAUAGUAAUAUUUUAAAUUUAGGAUGGGGUUCCUUGCCUACAUCUUGAAUAUGGUUCAAGGGGGCUGGGAAGAAAUACAGAGAGAGAGGAAAAAAGCUUCACCUUUAUGCAGUUUUGUGAAAAGAAGGCACACAGUUAUCAAGGGGUGAAAGUGGGGGUGUGGAGUGAAUCUCCUAAACAGAUUUACUGGGUUAAAACCUGAUCCAGAGGUUAGUGAAGUACAGGAAAAGCAGUUUAAUCAGUGAUUAUGGAAAGCCGUGUUUCUGUAACAUGCUUGACAGAUGUUAAGAAGGCAGCAGGGGAGAGAGUUGGUCUAAACCCUUGCACUUGCAGUGUGUGUAUGGGUUGGAAACCACACCUGACUGGAGGUGGGUCUGCACAGUGCCUGAGAUGGGCUGGGUGAGAUAGCUUGCUCAAGACUGAUGGAUUCAGGCCAUUUAGAAGGGUUUUCUCCUCAUGGUCCUCUGUAAAUCCCAGCCACACUUGGUCUUUUUUCAAAAUGCACAGGUGUGUCAGUAGUGCAUGUGGUUCUGAGCCUUUGGUGGAGGAGGUGUAUUUUUCAUCAUCACCCCAGUAGGUAACCUCCUGAGUUUGGCUAAAUUGGGACUGCUCUGCUGAAGCUAAAAGAGCUAAAUUGAUUUACAAAAGCACUUACUUUCAUUUUACUGUCUUGUCAUUUCAUUUUUUCCUCCUGAAGGUCUUACCUCCCCAUCAGCCCUCUGCCCUUCGCAGCCUUAGUGCAAAGAUCUCUUAUCACAGCUAAGAGAGACAGGAGCUGGUCUGAGACAGCUCUGCCAAGGCUGGAGCUUUGCCCCUGCCCUGAUGUUGCAGGAGGAAAGGGAGCCACAGUCAGAUGGACUUGCUCCAGCCCCAUUUGGGGCAGCCCCAUGAUGACCAAGGUCUUACAGUCACUCCUGUCUCCUGCUGCAUCCUCAGUGGGUAUUGUCUUCUCGUUGGCUGGAAGAGGAGGAGGGUCAAGGGGAGAAAGCAAUUUUUCCAUCCUCUCCUCCAACAUCCCCUGCUAGGGACACAGAGUUCAUAACCAGGUACAUGUGUUAGACACUUAUCAAUCUCUUAUGUCUUGUCGAUUUGUACUAUUUGGAAUAUGAUUAAAACCAGUGUCUGAGACCAUCCAAAUGAAGUAUAAUUGCUAUGGAUCCUCAAUUCCCACCGGAUCCGUAAUCCUUUUUGACUAUUCCUCCCCCCUCCUUCAAUGAAAUGGAGCUUAGACACAAAGCCCUUGGUUUAAAUUUCAAAAAAUUAAAAUUGACAUGCAGCAGCAUUAGCAGGAGCCAGGAGGAAUUCUAAGGAGGUGCCUGGGCUCUGCUUUAUCCUUUGCAUUAAGAAGCAAUUUGUACUUCUAACAAAGACCCAACUGUUCCCCCUUGGCAAAAGGGCAAUGAAGAUGCCUUGCAAGGGAAUUGCUGUUCACAAUACUUAAACAAAUUUGAAUCUUAGAUUUUUAAAUCUGUAUUCCCUGGUGGAGCCUGCUCCUCUCAAUUCAAAUGCAGGGCUGGUGGUGUGUGCCUGCCAAGGUGUCAGUAGCUAAGCGGAUGAUGGAUUGAUGAGGCAAUGGGAAGACACAGGCUCACAGUGGCAGUUUGCCCCGACAGUGAUCUAUGUAUCUGCACAUUAUCAAUGUCAUGAGGAGGCUUGAACCACCCUCGCUAGAUGUCUCAUUUUCCACUUAUCUCUUAUGUACUAAUUAUCAGGCUGGAUUAUUCCCCAGGAUAGAAACAAAAAAAAAAAAUUGCUCAUUGCCACUUCACUGACAGUUUACACAAUCGAUAGAAUGAACGUCUCCCUCAGCUGCUCACAGGCUUUUUUGUUUCCUCUCCUCAUUGCAGGGUCUUCUGAGAUUGCCUCUGUGGGGGGUUGAUGGCUCUCGCCCAGCAUCUGUGGCAGCGGUGCUUGGACAGGCUCCUCUGUCCCACUCAUCUCGGUGGUAGCUCAGUGUGUGGGUUGUGUUUUUUUCUGAAGUAACACAGGGAGAAGAAAUUGGGAGAUGAAAAACUUCAGUGCUCAGUGGUGCAGUUAUCCAGAAAAGCAGAGGCAGCGGAUGGGGACGGUGGUCCCUGUGCUGCCAGUGUCUGUGGGUGAGACCAGGGUCACACAUAGUCCAGCAAACAGCCUGAGGUGGCCUCGUAACCCUCUGGGCUUCAACUGAGCCUUCCUGCCCUUGGGAAUGGUCUGUGAGUUCUGCACAUUUCAUGUCACAAAGGGAAGGAGUUGUUCGUAAGGGGGGUGCUCUGGUCUGCUGGUUUGGGUGGGAAGAGGAGAAUUAAAGUGUACUCAAGGUGCCGGCUUCAGCUUUCUCUGAGACUGGCCUUCCCAAAUGAUCCUGCACCUCAGACAUCAGCCAGUGUCUGCUCUGGAGGUCUGACCCCUCAGAGGUCUUAUUUACUCAAAGAGUUAAGCAAAUGCUUUUAAGAAUUGGGACAUAAUCAGGUGUGACGUGAAUUGGGAAAGCCCCCAGAAAGGAGUGGAAGAUUGGAGUUUUAGACAAAAGGUGCUCUCUGUUUCUGAGCCCAGCCAUGUGCUUAAGUUAAAAUUAUAAUACAGAAUUUAAAACAAAGAAAAAAAAGACAGAUGUUCAUGCCGUCCAAAUAAUUUAGGUAUGCACCAGCAAAUCCCUGAUCUUUCAGCUAGCAGUGUUCACCUUGACCCUUACCCUGUCAGCCUGGUCAGUGAUGGCUGUGGAAGGGAUUUCUGGAGGAGAGGUGAGCUGGGAGAUGUUGAAGCACACAAACAUCGUGAAAGGGGAAAUGGGGAUCCUGCUGAGAUCCCCGAGGCGGGGUUCCAGCCCCCCUGGUCUGUGGUUGUUCCGUGGAGGAAAGUGUUCAGGUUACUCUGCUCUGCUGCAAGCCAGUUUUGUUGCUGGCCACUUGUUUUCUUUUGUCUUGACCUUCACUGGUUUGGGAAAGUCCUGGCAAGUCUCUAGGGAGGUGGGUGAGGAAAUCCUGCUUUGUCUAGGGUGAAGAGGGUGAGCUGCUGGUGCUGAGUUUUCUUCAGCCAGAGUACAGAGUUGAGGAAUCCAAACUGUGAGAGCAGCUGGUUUCAGGUGUCCUGUGCCAGGUCUGGUGCCUCUUUUCCAGGAUCUCAGCUUGCAGAUUUCCUCCUUGAUGCUCAUUUUCUUGUGGUGCAGGGCCUGGGUCAGUGGGGUUCCCUGUCUUGCAGCAGCAAGAACAGUCCCGUGUUGGGUUCUCCUCUUUCCCUUUUGCUGUAAGGAAAGCAAAGCGUUGCUUUUUGUGCCUCGUGUCUUUACACACAUGCACUGAACCACACAUUGGUCUUUGUCUUGCUGCUUUUGAAACUCACUCUGGACAUUUUUCUUGGUGAUUUAAUGCUUGUUUAUCUCUCUGCUUGGCUCCUUCAGUGGCUCACAGUGCCUGGACAGGUUUUAUCUGUGAACUCAAAAAUUAUGGAGGAUGGGUUUUAGUGGAUGCACAUGUGUUCAUUUUCUGUUUACGCCACAAACUAAUUAUAUUAAGGGGUCUUUGACAGUAGAGACAAAAUGGCAUAUCUAUUUCAAAUCUGUGUUAAAUACUUUUUUUUUUUUUUUUUUUUUGUAACAGGCUAUCUUUUUUCCUUUUUGUGAUUGGGGUGAACUCUGGGAAAAACUCCUGGUAAAAUCAUGUGUCUUAGUAUUGUCUCUGGGUUAAAGAAGCCUGUCAGAAUAAAAUAAAGACUAACUGAAUCUCCACUGA